AUGCCUCACCACACAAUUCCAUACGAACCUUCCCUCCCUCAGUUCCUCCCUCAGUUCCUCCCUCAGUCCCUCCCUCAGUUCCUCCCUCAGUUCCUCCCUCAGUCCCUCCCUCAGUUCCUCCCUCAGUUCCUCCCUCAGUUCCUCCCUCAGUUCCUCCCUCAGUCCCUCCCUCAGUUCCUCCCUCAGUUCCUCCCUCAGACCUUCCCUCAGUUCCUUCCUCAGUUUCUCCCUCAGUCCCUCCCUCAGUUCCUCCCUCAGUUCCUCCCUCAGUUCCUCCCUCAGUUCCUCCCUCAGUUCCUCCCUCAGUCCCUCCCUCAGUUCCUCCCUCAUUCCUUCCUCCCUCAGUUCCUCCCUCAGUUCAACCCUCAGUUCCUCCCUCAGUUCCUCCCUCAGUUCCUCCCUCAGUCCCUCCCUCAGUUCCUCCCUCAGUCCCUCCCUCAGUUCCUCCCUCAGUUCCUCCCUCAGUCCCUCCCUCAGUUCCUCCCUCAGUUCCUCCCUCAGUUCCUUCCUCCCUCAGUUCCUCCCUCAGUCCCUCCCUCAGUUCCUCCCUCAGUUCCUCCCUCAGUUCCUCCCUCAGUACCUUCCCUCAGUUCCUCCCUCAGUUCUUCCCUCAGUUCCUCCCUCAGUUCCUCCCUCAGUUCCUCCCUCAGUUCCUCCCUCAGUCCCUCCCUCAGUUCCUCCCUCAGUUCCUCCCUCAGUUCCUCCCUCAGUUCCUUCCUCCCUCAGUUCCUCCCUCAGUUCCUCCCUCAGUUCCUCCCUCAGUUCCUCCCUCAGUUCCUCCCUCGAUUCCUCACUCCUCAGUUCCUCACUCCUCAGUUCCUCACUCCUCAGUUCCUCCCUCACUUCCUCCCUCAGUUCCUCCCUCAGUCCCUCCCUCAGUUCCUCCCUCAGUUCCUCCCUCAGUUCCUUCCUCCCUCAGUUCCUCCCUCAGUUCCUCCCUCAGUACCUUCCCUCAGUUCCUCCCUCAGUUCCUCCCUCAGUUCCUCCCUCAGUUCCUCCCUCAGUUCCUUCCUCCCUCAGUUCCUCCCUCAGUCCCUCCCUCAGUUUCUCCCUAGUUCCUCCCUCAGUUCCUCCCUCAGUUCCUCCCUCAGUUCCUCCCUCAGUUCCUCCCUCAGUUCCUCCCUCAGUCCCUCCCUCAGUUCCUCCCUCAGUUCCUUCCUCCCUCAGUUCCUCCCUCAGUUCCUCCCUCAGUUCCUCCCUCAGUUCCUCCCUCGAUUCCUCCCUCAUCCCUCCCUCAGUCCCUCCCUCAGUUCCUCCCUCAGUUCCUCCCUCAGUUCCUCCCUCGAUUCCUCCCUCAGUUCCUUCUUCCCUCAGUUCCUCCCUCAGUUCCUCCCUCAGUUCCUCCCUCGGACCCUCCCUCAGUUCCUCCCUCAGUCCCUCCCUCAGUCCCUCCCUCAGUCCCUCCCUCAGUUCCUCCCUCAGUUCCUCCCUCAGUUCCUCCCUCAGUUCCUCCCUCAGUUCCUCCCUCAGUCCCUCCCUCAGUUCCUCCCUCAGUUCCUCCCUCAGUCCCUCCCUCAGUUCCUCCCUCAGUUCCUCCCUCAGUUCCUCCCUCAGUUCCUCCCUCAGACCUUCCCUCAGUUCCUUCCUCAGUUUCUCCCUCAGUCCCUCCCUCAGUUCCUCCCUCAGUUCCUCCCUCAGUCCCUCCCUCAGUUCCUCCCUCAUUCCUUCCUCCCUCAGUUCCUCCCUCAGUUCAACCCUCAGUUCCUCCCUCAGUUCCUCCCUCAGUUCCUCCCUCAGUCCCUCCCUCAGUUCCUACAUCAGUUCCUCCCUCAGUUCCUCCCUCAGUUCCUCCCUCAGUUCCUCCCUCAGUUCCUCCCUCAGUUCCUCCCUCAGUUCCUCCCUCAGUUCCUUCCUCCCUCAGUUCCUCCCUCAUUCCUCCCUCAGUUCCUCCCUCAGUUCCUCCCUCAGUUCCUCCCUCAGUUCCUCCCUCAGUCCCUCCCUCAGUUCCUCCCUCAGUUCCUCCCUCAGUUCCUCCCUCAGUUCCUCCCUCAGUUCCUCCCUCAGUUCCUCCCUCAGUUCCUCCCUCAGUUCCUCCCUCAGUUCCUCCCUCAGUUCCUUCCUCCCUCAGUUCCUCCCUCAUUCCUCCCUCAGUUCCUCCCUCAGUUCCUCCCUCAGUUCCUCCCUCAGUCCCUCCCUCAGUUCCUCCCUCAGUUCCUCCCUCAGUUCCAUGGUGUGGUGUGGUCAACAGGGAAGGACGAACGACAUGGUUAG